AUGGCGUUGGAGCAAUGUCACUAUCAGUUUGACCAUUAUGUUACCGAUUAUAUUCGCAUAUUGGAUUUCCUUAUAGACACUGACAAAGAUGUGGAUUUACUUGUGCGAAAAGGGAUCCUGGUUAAUACUUUAGGCAACAGCAAUGCAGUGACAACUUUAGUCAACAAGCUUAGGCAACAACUUUUAUUAUUAGAAAUGAACUCCAAUUAUUGUUGUCUUUGUGAAAAUCUGAAUACAUUCUACAAGGUUCCUUGCCAUAGUUGGAAGGCUACCUUGAGACGUGAUUAUUUUAGCACUCCUUGGAGAAUUGCUUUCACCGUAGCUGCUAUUAUCUUGUUGGUGCUCACUUUCAUACAAGCUAUAUGCUCUAUCAUCUCAUUACAGCAGAUAUGA